UUGCUCUAUUAGAUGGGAAUCAUUUGAAUUGUUAUCUCAAGUUUCAUUUCCAUUUGGUGGUCAUUUCCCUAUUAAUACUUCUUUACAAUUUCCUAAUGAUUUGAAUGAAUUUACACCACUUACACAUUUAGACAUAAAAGUCCAAAAUAAUUUAAUGUUUGGGCUAAGUAUUGUAAAUGAAGAUUCUGACAAGAUUGGUACUGUUUGUCUUUCAACAAUUAGUUUAGAUGUAAGUUUUUUUUUUAAACUUAUAAGUACAAUAGUUGUUAUUUUUAAUUACUAUAAUUUAACAAAAUCGUCUUGA